AUGAAGCAUCUAUUGCUCCUUUUCUCCAUUCUCUUCACAAGCCUCAUGUUCAACCACCUCUUGGUGUCCUCACAAUCAUUUUCUGUAACUGAACCCCCCCACAAUAACCCAGACAAUGAGUCCAUAUACAUACUUUCCAAGCAACUAUGCUGGAACUGCAUUGGAGAGUCCUUUCAAUUCCUCUUUGCCCACAAUCUGGUCCGAGCAGCCAAAUUUGAGCUCCCACUGACAUGGGACUUUCAGCUCGAGAGGUACGCAAGGUGGUGGGCCGGGCAACGACAAGCAGAUUGCCGGUUAAUGCAUUCGUUCCCAGAAGAUGAUUUCAAGCUAGGGGAGAAUAUUUACUGGGGAAGCGGCUCCUCGUGGACGCCAGCUGACGCAGUUGGUGCUUGGGCCGGGGAGGAGAAGUAUUAUAGUUAUCAGACAAACAGUUGCGCCGUUGGGCAGCAGUGUGGGCAUUAUACACAGAUUGUGUGGAGGACUACUAGGAGGAUUGGGUGUGCUAGGAUGGUUUGUCGCAGUGGGGAUGUGUUUAUGACUUGUAACUAUGAUCCACCAGGGAAUUAUAUUGGUGAGAGACCAUAUUGA